AUGGUUCUGAAGCACUGGCUGCUCCGUUACACGUUCUGCACCGUCGUUACUUCCCCCAAAGGAUCUCCUAAGGGCUUGUCUCAUUCCCCAUGGGCUGUGAAGAAAAUUAAUCCAAAAUGUGACAAUAAGCAGCAAAAUAUAUAUCAACAGAGACUGAAUGAAGAAGCCAAGAUCCUGAAAAACCUUCAGCACCCAAACAUUGUAGGAUACCGUGCAUUUACUCAGGCCAACGAUGGAAGCAUGUGCCUUGCUAUGGAAUACGGAGGAGAAAAAUCUCUCAAUGACUUAAUUGAAGAGAGAAAUACAAAACAUCAGGGCCCUUUUCCUGCUGCUACAAUUCUCAAAGUUGCCUUGAACAUGGCAAGAGGGUUGAAGUAUCUGCAUAACGAUAAAAAACUGCUCCACGGAGACAUCAAGUCUUCUAACGUUGUCAUUAAAGGUGACUUUGAGUCGAUAAAAAUCUGCGAUGUGGGAGUGUCCCUGCCACUGGAUGAAAACAUGACUGUGAGUGACCCGGAGGCACUGUACAUUGGCACAGAGCCAUGGAAACCUAAGGAAGCUCUGGAGGAUGGUGGUGUCAUCACUGAUAAGGCGGACAUCUUUGCUUUUGGACUGACUCUGUGGGAGAUGAUGACCCUUUCCAUACCGCAUCUGAACCUGCCUGAUGAUGGUGACGAUGACGACGAAGAGACUACAUUUGAUGAAGAUGACUUUGAUGAGGAGGCAUAUUAUGCAGCUCUGGGCACCAGGCCACCACUGAACAUGGAGGAGCUGGACCAGUCAUACCAGAAAGCGAUUGAAAUGUUUUCCAUCUGCACGUGUGAGGACCCGAAGCAGCGUCCCUCUGCUGCACACAUUGUUGCAGUCUUGGAGGAAGAGAUGCAUCACCAGUAACUGACGACUUCAUAUCUCUGCAUUCUGAUGUGGAGGCAUCUACAUGUAAUUUCAGUAUUUCUCCUCCUACGCUGAUAGUUAUGCAAGAAUCCAGUGUAACCUAAAUUCUUGGUAUUGGGGCUUCUUGAGAUGAUCAGCAGUGAGACAAUGCCAACCAGAGGGUUAGCUUUAGACAUACAUUGCGAAAACUUGGUUUUGUAAAUACCCUAAGAAACUCAAGAGCAUGUAAACUUACUUUACAACUUUUUCAUAAGAUAUAGGGAAUUCUUUAAGAAAUAACCUUUGCACUGGAUGAGUUUAUAGCAUUCUGUAGCUUUAAACAAAUAUUAAGCAUUUGAGAAAAGCCUAGUAAUUCCUUAAAACAGAUAGUUCUGAUGUGAAUUUGAAUUAAUAAAAUAUUGGCUUGUAGCAAGA